AUGUCCGUCUCAUCCGCAAUAUCUGCUUUGUUGAGCAGGCUCCGAGAAUCUUCUAUACAAGAAACUAUUGCAUUUCUGGGUAUAAACCAGCAAAUUGAGGAGCUUCAAUCAAAUCUACAGAAAUUACAGUCGUAUACUGUAGAUGCAGACCAGGGAAUAAAUAAGGACGAGCGGAUUCGAGGGUGGUUGGCGAAAAUAAGUGAUAUCUAUUAUGAAGCUGAAGACGUGCUCGACGAUUACGCCCUCAAAGUUGCAUCUAUGAGGAGGACAGGGGGUCUGAAAGACGUUGUCAAAAGAUAUUUCUGCAGUUUCCGUGAAAUGGAAGCCGGAAACAAAGUGGAGAUAGCAACUCUCAACAAAAGGAUCAAGGAACUCGUGGAUCUCUUACGACAGAACGACCGUGUCGUAAGUACUGACGCGGAAGGUGAAAAUUCAAACGAAGCACGCCGACCUCUGGAGCUGACUGGGGCCGCUAGUCUCAUCGAGAGAGGGAACAUUGUCGGCUUCGCAGAAGAUAUGGCGUCAAUUAAUGAAAAUAUGAAAACUAAAGAAGAGUACAGGGUAGUAAUUGCUAUAUGCGGGAUGGCGGGUUCGGGCAAGACCACGCUUGCUAAGCUAAUAUAUGAAAGCAGCGCAAUGGUUGAGCAUUUUGAUGUCCGUGCUUGGUGCACAGUCGGCCAGACGUACCAAUUACGAUUGGUUCUGCUACAGAUAUUGGGUGAGAGUAGAGAAUGCGAUGACAGAUUUGUGCAGCGUAAUGAUACGGAAUUACUCCAGUUGCUUCACCAAAGAUUGAUAGGUAGGAGAUACCUGGUUGUACUAGACGACGUUUGGUCAUUAGAUAUUUGGGUUAGCUUACGCCGUGCCCUCCCGGACGACAGGAACAAUAGCAAAGUACUAGUCACAACUCGUCACCGUGCUUUGCCACAUCAAAUGGUAGGAAAUUAUGUUCACGAAAUGAGACCUUUAAGCACAGAGGAAAGUCGACUUCUUUUUAUGAGGACAGCAUUCCCAAAUAGUGGUCCGGAUGAAUAUGUGGAUGGUGUAAUAUAUUGGACUCUUCUGAUUCUUGUUACAAUGCAGGACAUGAAAGAUAUUAAAGCAAAGGAAAGGAUGGGCACAGAUAUGGUUCUGGAGAAUUUAGUAGCAUUACAGAAGUCUUGUCUCGGAGGCUACUAUAACUUACCACAUGAUUUGAGGCCAUUGUUUCUCUAUCUGGGGCAUUUCCCGGAGGAUUCAGAGAUAGAAGCUGAGAAGUUAUAUCUUUUGUGGAUGGCUGAAGGCAUUAUACCAUUAGAACAUGGAGGAAAAACGGUGAUGGAAAUGACCAGCUCCAUUUUGGAUGAUUUGGUUGAUAGAAGCAUAGUCUUAGGUCAAGAUGAAGAGGGGCCAACAAUCAGGAAAUUUAAAUCUUACAGCCUCCACUACCUGAUGCGAAAUAUGUGCUUAUUUAAGGCAAAAGCGGAAAGCUUUUUUGAGGUUUUGGACCUUAGGCAUUCAAAUCUUCUAAACAACGAUUGCUUCUUGCCUUCUUCAACUCGUAAGAUACACAGACUCGCUAUGUAUCUCGACCAGUAUGAAGAUGUAUUUGACGAUGACCUUAAACCCACAAUAGCACAGGUUUUCCUGAACUCAGACAGCUACAACUCUCUGGUCUGCACAAGUUUACGGAGGUUGAAAAUUGAAGAAGCAGCAAUGGGCAAACUUACUUAUUUUACAAUUGAAAGAUGCAAGAGCCUAUGGAGGUUGACAAUUGAAGAAGCAGCAAUGCCCAAACUUACUUAUUUAACAUUUGAAAGAUGCAAGAGCCUUGAAGCACCCCUUAGCUUGGUUGACCUUAUAUGCCUCAAAGAAGUAAAGAUUUCAUCGAUGCCUAAAGAGUUCGAAGAUGGGCUUCGAGAAGUGCAAAAAGAGAGAGACGAAUAUGGGGACGACCUCUCCAUCAAGAUUUUUGACAACAACCACGAGGUAACUUCAUCCGCAAUUCGAUGA